AUGCCCACGGCCACUGCAUUUCUGGAUAACCCCUUAUUGAAGGUUAGCCGGCCUGUCGCCGCAUGCUCGCGCUGUCGUACCGCCAAAAUCAAAUGUGAUGGGAAACUCCCUGCGUGCUCCGCUUGUGAAAAAGUUGGCAAGGGGAACACCUGCUCAGGUGCUAGUGACGAGUUCGCCAAAGGCAAGGAACGGAGCUAUGUCGCGUCACUCGAAGGUUACUGUGACAAACUAGAAAAGAAACUCGCCCAGCUGCGAAAUCGUCAAAAUUCCUUAUCUGCCGAAGGAAAUGGAGUCGCCCGGGAGGUUUCCAUCACUGCGACCUCUUCGAGUGGCCCUCCUGGAACAGCCCAUCGUCGAGAGGUCUCCGAUAUCGAUGAUCUUGUGGGUGAUUUUGGAUUCUUGUCCGUGAAUGCGACUUCACGCGAUUUCCACGGCAUCACAUCUACGACCAGCUUCGCCAAUCUACUCUUAUCGGUUACGACUGUCGGAUAUCCCCCACCGCCAAUUCCGAACUCACUUCCCCCACGACACGAGGCUACCCCAUUACUGCAACACUACUUUGACAAUAUCUUUGUUCAACUGCCGUUCUUUGUGGAGACCAGCUUCUGGACAUCGGUCGAUGCGGUCUAUCAAUCCCAAGGCCGCUUUGCCAAACCAUUCGACCACUGGAUGCUGCGUAUGGUCCUGGCUAUUGCCUAUGCCUCGCUAUCAUAUCAGAACAAUGACAAAAGUCAUCAACGGGCAUUGGGUCUUGUAGCAGAGGCAUUGACUUAUGCCGGAGAGGUCCUCCGUCCGGGAUCUAUCGCGUGUAUCCAAGCAAUCCUACUGCUAGCACAGUAUUCAUUGGUGGACCCGGGGCGAUUCCGUACCUGGUAUUUGGUAGGAAUGGCAAUCAGAGUGGCCGUGGAUCUGGGGCUCCAUCAAGAUCCACCCGCAGAGGUCUUGACAAACUCAAAUCGGCUUGACAUUCGUCGGCGUGUUUUCCAUUGUCUUUACGCCUUGGAUAGGGGACUCAGUUCUGCCUUGCAAAGGACAUUUUCCUUCUCUGAUGAUUCAGUAAGCGUGGAAAUGCCCUCCACCAGCAACUCGACCAAUUCUUCUGUCAAUGAACAAAGUCACAUCUUUCUCCGAAGCCCAGCACCAGCUCUACAUAUCGUUCGGAUCCGACAAAUCUUGUCGGUCGGUUACGCCGAUAUGUAUUACAAGUCGAGGGAGCCUUCAGAGCAACCCCUCGUGCAAAUCUGGACCCUCUGCCAUCGGGCUCAGCAAUGGUACAACGAAUGUCCCCAGAAUUCCCCCAGUCACUUCUCUCUCUUAUAUCGUCUCGAAAAACUCUAUACUAUAAUCAUUCUCCUAUCACCUUCUCACCAAUACCCAAUUCUCUGUGACUAUAACAGCGCGCUCCUAUUCGACCGGUCCAUGGACUAUAUCAGCCUGAUUCAUCAAGUUCUUGAAACCCCUGGCUCCCUCCCUUUCCUCAACUUCCUCGACAUCCAACGUGUACAUCAAAUAGCGCGUCGCUUCGUGGAGGUUCUCUCCCAAAAUUACGACCUGCUCCUCAGCACAACCGUCCCAAGCCCGCCUCCAGUCCCCGCAGGCACCCCCGCCCCUCCAAUACUAGACGAAGAAGACCGAAUAAACUGCCGCCCUCGCGCAAUUCGAUGUCUCUCAUAUAUUCGAGAUUUGCUUGAAUACUCUGCGCGAAAGUGGGAGCUUCGGGCCCCGCUCGAAGAGUUCGAGCGCGAGUCCGCGGCCUUGAAUGAUUUACUGUUGAAUGACUCCAUUGGUUACAUGGAGAUGCCGAUCCGGGGCGGUUACCCUCAAUCCUCCCCCCACGGAUUGCCGCUGGUCGGCAACGAGUACCCCGGAUACCAUUUAGGAUGA